AUGGGUGCAGCAAUGCCAGUCAACAUGGCCUGGGGUGGGACAUUGGCACACCUGGCACCUGGAAGUGCGGUGAUUGGUCAAUUCGCCUGUCCGUGGGUUCUCCUUGGAGUGGCAAAAAGACAGAGCAAAUUGGAAGGGGAAUGGUUUGUUUUUGAAAAGGGUGAGGAUGAAAAAGAUGCAACCACAGACUUUCCGCCAUGCCGCAAGGUGACGCAACAAAAGAAGUAA